AUGUUCCUCGCCACGGUCAAGCUGUGCGCCGGCAGCUCCUACAGACAUGCGAGCAACAUGAAGGGGCUGAGACAGCAGACGGUGCGGGCCAUCGGGCAGGAGCUGAACCGCAGGGCUCUGGCGGGCCCAAGCCCUGGUGCUUGGAUUAAUCAAGUUCGGCGUCGGAGCUCUCUGCUGGGCUCCCGGCUGGAAGAGACGCUUUACAGCGAACAGGAGCGGGCCUACAUCCAGCAGGGGGAGGAGGCCCUGCAGAAGGCCCUGGGCAUCCUUGGCGACCCCAGUGGCUGGAAGAAGGAGAACCAGCAGGGGAAUGGGGACCUGGUGCUGAGUAAGGUGAUCCCAGACGUGGGCAAGGUGUUCCGGCUGGAGGUGGAGGUGGAGCAGCCCGUGGACAGGCUCUACGAAGAACUGGUGGAGCGCAUGGAGGCCAUGGGAGAGUGGAACCCCAACGUCAAGGCGGUCAAGGUUCUGCAGAAGAUCGGAAAGGACACUAUCAUCACCCACGAGCUGACCGCGGAGUCGGCAGGGAACCUGGUGGGGCCCCGCGACUUCGUCAGCGUGCGCUGCGCCAAGCGCCGAGGCUCCACCUGUGUGCUGGCCGGCAUGGCCACGGAGUUCGGGGACAUGCCUGAGCAGAAGGGGGUCAUCAGAGCCGAGCAUGGUCCCACCUGCAUGCUGCUCCGGCCCGUGACAGGGAGCCCCUCAAAGACCAAACUCACCUGGCUGCUCAGCAUCGACCUCAAGGGCUGGCUGCCGAAGACUAUCAUCAACCAGGUGCUCUCCCAGACCCAGGUGGACUUCGCCAACCAUCUGCGCCAGCGGCUGAAGUCCAGCGUCCCCGCGGAAGCCCGGGGCUAGAGAGGAGGCUGCUCC